CCCCCCCCCCAGUUAGAAAAGAGCCACGAUGCCGACGGGGCUUUUACACGACGGAAAACACACGGUAACGCGCGGAUUAACGGCUCACCGUCGAGACAGAAGGUAGUCUGUGUGCUGUGAAGGUUGCACGUGGUCGUGAACGGUCUCUACAGGACCGGAACCGGGAGGUUUACUGCACCGUGGGUCAGCCAUUACUGGGCCUGCGUUUAGCUAGCUGCAACUGAACAUCACACAUCAACUGGGUUCUUGUGGGCUCUGGUCUCCACUUAAAGCUGCUAUGAGUUAGGGAUGUUGCGUUGAGCCGCCGCCGCAACAAUGUUUAACGAGCAGGAUCCUCCCGCCCUUUAGAUGUCCGAAGGCCUUUCAUGGCUUAUAAGGAGAGAGCAAUGGUGUUCCAUCAGGGCUGUUCAACCAGCCCAGCUGCCACCAACCAUCCAGCCGCAUGCCUCCUCCUUCCCAAGCCGGGGAGGGUGAGUGAUGGCGCGACAGAGCCAAACCCUCACGCUGAAGAAGAUGAGGAGGUACUGACGGGUAAACCUAAAGGGUUCCCGUCACAGGAACACAAUAGGACCUCCGAUGGACUUACCGCCGGUAAAUGUUCCGCUGGCUCAAAACCUCAGUCGGACAACCUGUCGCCCGUCAUCGUCUGCAGAGGCGUCAAAGUGACGCUGGACAACAACAGCAUGUGGAACGAGUUCUUCAGGUGCAAAACCGAGAUGAUCCUCACCAAACAGGGGAGCCGGAUGUUCCCCUACUGUCGCUUUCGCAUCUCCGGCUUGCAGCCUUCCAAGAAGUACUCUCUGUUCAUGGACAUCCAGCCGCUGGAUGGCAAUCGGUACAGAUGGACCGGUAAGAGCUGGCAGGUAGCCGGUAAGGCCGAGGGCCACGUGAAGAGCCGGCCGUUUGCCCACCCCGAGUCACCGUCAACGGGUCAACACUGGAUGCUGAGCCCGGUGUCCUUCUACCAGCUGAAGCUCACUAACUGCACCUUGGAUCUGGAGGGAAAUACUGUCUUGCACCCGAUGCACCGCUACCUGCCACGGAUGCACGUGGUCCAGAGCGACACGGACGCCAAAGACCUGAAGCUGACCGGCCCUGCUGUCGUCACGUUCGCUUUCCACCAGACUGCGUUCACGGCGGUCACUACUUAUCAGAACUCAAGGUUCUCUCAGCUAAAGGUUGACUACAACCCAUUCGCCAAAGGGCUGAAGGAGGACGGCUCCGGCGGCCCGAAACUGAAGUUGAUUUCUGGCAAAGACGCAGGAACGGUGGUCGCCGAGCAGCAUCCUGUGAAGAGGAGUCUGAAGUCGCUGCUGGUGAACCACAAACCUAGAAGCACCAAAGCUGCGGACGCAAAGCUUUCUGAAUCAAGUGACCUUCAGAGGAAUUCCACUUCCAACAAUGGUCAAACGGCCACCAAAGCCUCCAAGGACAGUGCGGGUGGAAACUCCAGUCCGGCUCAGAAGUUGUUCUCUGAACUCAUUCGCGAGGCUCACGUCUCGCUGCACAGAUGCAACAUGAACCAGCUGGGUAUCGACAACAGAUCUGAGCAAAGCAACAACAAAACCACAGCUUUGAGAAGCAACGGAACAUAUGAACCCAGAGGGAAUGGGGGUCCUGCAAAGAGCGGGGAAACAAUUGCUACAAAGAGGAAAGUCAGAGAAGAUAACAGCCCUUUGAAUUCAGUGACCUCCAAAGACGCCCUCGGGACGGACUGUUCUGGGCUGAGCAAUUCCGUUCUGGUGGCUUCCUGCAACUCCUCUGCGGACUCUGACCCUCAAAUUAAAGCCAAGGCUCCAUCAGAGGCCAAGCUGAAGCAGCACAAAAGACCUCUGCCUCUGCCGGCCCUCGCUCGGUUUCUAAGGCAGCACUCCUCGAAAUCCAGACUGACCAAGACCAAGCCAGACUCUCCUGCACCGGCGCUCCCACCCGAGUGCCGGUCUUGCACUGAAAGUCCACUGUCUGACCCCAGGACCAAAGCCGGUGAUGACUCAACACCUGACCCCCCCCAGGCCUCUGGACACAGUGAGCCACGUCUUCAUCUGGGGGAGGUUUUGAAUGUUACGGCCCUGGCAGCUGAAACCGCCGAUAAACCUUUCGGUCCUUCGUGUUCAAGCGCUGUGUCCUCUACGGACCAGGAGGGACCCAACGGUUUCCUCACUUCCGAUUCAGUUGCCAAAAGCGGAAGCCCAGAUGGUCCACCCGGGUUACCCGACUCUUAUCAGCUGUCCCUCAUCACAUCUUCACCCACCUCUUCUCUCUUACCUCUGCACAAUGCGGAGUUGCCAGCUGAAAACUCCUUGCUGUCUCCGCCCGACUUGCCGAAGUCAGAUCCUCCACUGCUAGACCCAGAAUUGUCAUCGUUUGGCUUCGAGCCUCUUUCCCCCACUAGCUCUCCAGAGCCACUGCCUUCCCUGCCUGUCCCGUUUGACCUGGAGCUCCACUCUGCCGCUUCACAAGUGACACUGAAAGCGGCUUCUCCCGAAGAGCUCGCCGAAGACUCGUCCGUGUUCAAAUGGCACACAGUGUUGCCCCUGACUGAGGCCUAUGCAGACCCCUCAUACACCACCUUUCAGCCGCCGCCACAAACUGUUCCUCGGGCUUCUGUUACGUCACCUUUGCUGCCUCUCCAGACUCCGUCCUACCCCGAACAGCAGACUCCUUACCCCUCCAACUUCACCUCUGCGCCGGAUCCAGUGCCGUCAUUUGAGGACAACGAGCAGCCGCUGCCCUUCCCCGCGGGACUUUCGCCCCUCGCACUCCAGAUGACCCUGUCUCCAAGCUUUUCGUCCCUGGACGGAGACGGCUUGUCCCCGACACCUUCCAUCGCCGACCUUGUGCACUUUUUCUCCACCAACGAUGACCUCGGGAUGGGGGUGGAGUUUUCAAACACGGAGGUGGUGGCUGUUCCCUGUGCGCCUCUGGUAAUAGAAGAAGCAAAUGUGGAGAAGCCUCCUCAGCCGGUGUCGCCGAUCCCGAUUGACAAACCCUGCAGGAACAAGAAGUGUCGACGGCAAAAGCUUGUGAAUGAGGAGGAUGAGAAGAUGGAUGCCUCCACCUAUGCUAAAAUGCAGCCUAACCUGGAGGAAGUUGAGGAGCAGUUAUUUAUCUCCUUCACAUCGAAGGAGGCCCUCAGACUUCACGUAGCAGACUCCGAUGGAACGGCCUCACAGCCGCAGACUGAAGGUCACCUGCAGCUAACAGCAGUCACACCUGAGAACGCAGAGUGCUUAGCUGAGCCCAUUGCUUCCUUUGAGGAGAUCCUGCUGAAAGACUUGAAGCAGAUGAGACACAGACAGGCGAUCCAUCCUGUGCUGCAGGAAGUUGGCCUGAAGAUGAACCUGCUGGAUCCCACUUUGGCCAUAGACCUUCAGUACCUCGGAGUCCGCCUGCCCAUCCCCCCGCCCGGCGUCCCUCUGGAUCCGCUGCCCGCCGAGCUGCCCCCCACCCAAGGUGUUUCUGCAGCAUUUGUGUCCCGAACCGGGAAAACGACAGACUUGACUCAGAUCAAAGGGUGGAGGGAGAAAUUCCCACCGCCGGAGGCCACGUCCGCAGCAGCGCUGGACAACCCCGAAGCUGGUCCCAGUUCCGACCUGCCCAGGAACCUGUCGGCCUUCUGCAGCGACAUGUUGGACGAGUACCUGGAGAACGAGGGGAAGCUGAUCGACCAGCGGGCCUCCACCUUUACUCAGCCGCUGGCGGAGCCGGUGGUCUACCAGCUGCCCACCCGCAGUACCAGCUACGUCCGGACCCUGGACAGCGUCCUGAAGAAGCAGACUCCCGACUCCCCAGCCUCAGACCUCAUCUCUCAAUUCAUCCCCCCCUCCAAGAGACCCAAACUGGCCAUCAGGGAGGCCAAGACGGUCAGGAGGCGGAGGGGUCCCAAGCACACUAAUCCCAGACCAGAUCCUGCCCAGCAGAUUCCUGAUGAAUCAAGCGUGGCUCCUAACAAUCCUCCCGUCCAGAUCCCGGUACCCCCCCCGUUGGAGAACACCAACUCUGUCACUAAACCUCAUCAACCAAAGAGGCACCAGCAGAAAAUCCACUUCGACCACACAAAACCGCAAACUUGGUCUUCUCAACCCAAGCAGAGGAGGAAGCUAAAACCCAAGACCUUGUCCCAGACCCUCAGCCCGGCGGAGCCUGCGCCCCCCCCGACCCGCGUCUCACAGGACAUGGCUCCUCUGGAGUCGGACUCUGAACUGGGGACCACCGAUCAGAGCGAGAAGGACAAAAGGCCUGUGAUGACCCGGGCUCUACUGCGGCAGAAGGACCUGGAGGACGGGGUGCUGUGGGGGGGCCGACCCCGAACCAGCAUCACGGAGGACCGGGCCUCCGUUGCUCUGACGUCACUCUUCACUCUGAAGGGCUUCGUCAGAGAGAACCCCACCGCCCCCAUCCAGUGGGUCCGGAGACCAGCCCCCCGCUGCCUGAAUGAGGCCUGCAGGCUGGGCUGCAUCUGCUCCAGUCUAUCCUACUGCUCCAGGAUCAGCCACUGCGGUCGGCCUGCCUGCAUGUUCGGCUGCAGCUGCCUCAAACAGAAGGUGGUCCUCCUGAAGAACCUGGACGGCUCAGACUCCAGCCCUUCCAAGCCGGACCACUACAACAACAAGAAGAAGAGGAGGAGCAGCAGCAGGAGGAGGAGAAGGAUGAAGAUGGCCUAUGUCCUGAAGGAGGCAGACAGUGUCACCCACCCUGCUGAGCGGGUCCGGACUCUGUGGAAGAGGGGCGCUGGAGACUCCGAUCCAGAACCGGUCCUCGUGCCACCAGGGGCAUUAGCCCUGCCCCCCCCCUCUGUCAAAACUUGUCUCCAGGUGAGAGCAGAAGAAGAAAGCACCUGUGCCAGAAUAAGAGUUUAUGAAUUGAAGAAGAAGAGGAGGAAAGGGAUGAGGAAGGGUCACAUGGAGAGAUGUGAUCACACAGUGGAGUCCAAAGAGUUGAAGCCUAAAGAUGUUCGACUGAAGCCUUCGAGACAAAAGGGCGCAAAGACUAAACCAGCAUCUGAUCCGGUUCCCACCCCCCCGCCCCCCCCAGCUCGGCAUCCCAGUUGUCCGUCCGAGCCGAAGCCGUCGAAGCGCCUGACCAUCGUGGCGGAUUGCAAGUGGGCUAGGCCCGGCGACCGCAACCUGGUGCUUAAGAUGCUGUGUGAGGCCAUGGCUGAGGACCAGCUGGACCAACCUCUCUGGAUCCGAGAUUACCUCAUCAGUCCCAUUGGCCACAAGGUGGAGGACGGCGCCGCCACCCGCUGCAUCCACUACAAGAUGCACAUCUCCAGACCCAACCCAGAGACCCCUCAACGGAGGGAGUGGGAACCCCAGCAGGAGCCCCAGAAGCAAAGGUUUGAAGAGGCGGAGCCUCCUGAAGAGUGGCAGCGGGAGGUGGAGGCGGAGCCUCCUGAUGAUUGGCAGCAGGCUGUGGAGGCGGAGCCUCCUGAAGAGUGGCAGCGGGAGGUGGAGGCGGAGCCUCCUGAAGAAUGGCAACGGGAGGUGGAGGCGGAGCCUCCUGAAGAGUGGCAGCGGGAGGUGGAGGAAGGUGAGAUCAGGGAGGAGGAGGAGGAGGACGGAUCGACAGAUAACCUGAGCAGCAGAAAGGAGAAGGAGGUCGUAUCGAACAGGAAGUCGAUGGUCAGCAUGGCGCUGCCGUUCCUGACGGGAGUCUCCCCCGCCGGUUUCCUCUCAGCCAAUAGGAAGCGGCUGGGAGAAACAGACCACCUGGUCCAGGUGAAUGGGAAGCUCUAUCCUCUGGCUAAGAUCCAGCUGGGGAAGAUGGGGGCGCUCCAUCCGGCCAACCGGCUGGCAGCAUACCUGACGGGCCGGGUGGGGUCCAACGGGAAGGGCAGACCUCCCCACGAGCAGUGUGCAGAACCGACUUCCCCGCCCGCAGCCUUUGUGGCUCCCGCCCUGCCGGCCCCCCCUGCAGACUCUCAGGUGAGCAGCUCUGUGGCGUCACCUGUCAUUCCGCCGUCCAAUGGCGCCCCAGCUCCUCCUAGGGAACCUCCCUCGCCGGUUCGGGCUUCAUGCGCCCCCCCCCCGCCCCCCUCCACCGGUCAGAUGAUGUUCCUGCGGCCCGUCCUGUCAAAGACCGGCGUGCAGUACUACCGCAGAGCCGACGGGCGUCUGAUCCAACUGGUUCCCAUCAGCAAGUUAAACCCAGUCAACAAGAACCACACCUUUGUCCAAAAAAUCUUCCCCCCUGUUCUCCUUCAGGCUCCUGCUGAUAACCAAACCACACCAGGGACCACAGUGACCCCCUCCUCCUCCUCCAGUUCCCCGCUCCACCCUGGCUUUGUGGCUCAGGCGGGGGGGGGCACCUGCCAAAUCCCCUUGUCCGACAGCAGGGACCCGAUGGUCCUGUCCUGUCCCAACAUCUCCUCCAGCCCCAUCUCCCUCAAGCCCUCCACAAGUGGGGGGGCUGAGCUCGGGGUCAAAGCGGUGACUGUCUCUCCAGGUCCUGGUGGGGGGGCAUUCCAGGCCCCUUUAGAGACCAGACCCUCCAGCAAUCCUCCCGAACCUGUCCCCCCAUCAGAGGAGUCAGAGGGAGGGAGCAGCGAGACGGACAGCUCUGAGGAAGAGUUGGACAGGAUGGAUGAAAGAGAGAAAGAGCGUCACCUUCACAACGUGAUGGAGAAGCUUCGGAGGAGGAAGCUGUUCCAGCUGUUCAAAGGUCUGAGGAAAGAAGUCGGUCUGGUUGAAGACAAGACGUCAAAGAUCUUCACGCUGAACACGGCGGUGGAGGUGAUCCAGCUGCUGAAGACGGUCAAUUCAGAUCUGGAGAAGAAGAAGAGGAGGCUGAGAAAGAGGAGGGACAAGUACCUCAGCUUCAUCCUUGGAGAGAGAUCAAAUGAGCUGUCAGAGGGAGGCGCCACAGGAAGCAGCGUCACAGGAAGCAGCGCCACAGGAAGCAGCGUCACAGGAAGCAGCGUCACAGGAAGCAGCGCCACAGGAAGCAGCGUCACAGGAAGCAGCGUCACAGGAAGCAGCGACGGGGAUCUGCUCGACUCGUCUGAUGAGUCCACGGAGGAAUCUGACGAGGAAAGCGUUGUGACCUCGGCCAUCAAAGUACGAAAUGCGGAGGGUGAGGACCGGCAUGUCGCCAUGGAGACGGCGGAGGAGAGCUGUCGGCCGGACGUCAGCAACGAGGACUCUGAGAGCCGUUUGAGCCUCACGGCGUCCUUCAGAGGUCUGCGUGAGGUCAUGAAGACCACCUGCUCCUCAGAGGGACUUCUGCUGGACCAGGCCCGUCAGGAGAUCCAAACCCUCCACAGUGAGUUGGCCAGACUGACGAGCAUGAAGACGUGUCUGAGGCAGCAGAGAAACGCCUUCAUCCGAGACCUCUCCCUCCGAUCAGGUAAAAGUCCUCUGGCGAUCCGCAGGGACGUGCAGAACCAGUCCACCUGCCAGAGGAAGAUGAAGGGGGAAAGACCCCCAACAGCCAAUCAGCUGCCAGCGGCAGGGGGCGGGGCCUCAGCUCCUCCAGCGGGGCGCUCGACCGACACCGAUCACGUCAUCACGAUCCCGACCUCCGACCCGCAGAAGCUGGCGCCACAAGCUCCUCCCACCACCGAAUGUGUUCAGGGGCCUGAGAGUGUCCCCCCGAUGUCCAAGCCCGUCCUGGCUCCUCCUGACGUAUCCCACAAUGCAUCAGCGGCAAGGGAAAGGCCAAGGACGUUCCCCAACAUCCUGUCUCGAUGUAGGAAUCCAGCGACCGGGCCGGCUGUGUUACCACAAGGGAUUCGGUCUCUGGUCCGUGGUGCGUUGCCGGGGCAACAGGUCCUGCCAGUGAGUCCUCUGCAGACGUUCCCUUCACCAGGCAUGACCACCGUCACACUUAACCUCUCCAACCUGACCAACCAGCAGAUCCGUCUCGCCUCAAUGAACCACCCCCCAAUCGCUGCAAACUUCAACGUGCUGCCGGGGUUCCAACCUUCUAGUAGAGUACAGAGGAUCCUCCCAUUUCAACAAAUAAUACUACAACCGCACCAAAUACCAACACAACAAAUAGUACAACUACAACCACAAAUACUGCAACUACAACCACAAAUACUACAGCCACCACAACAAAUACUACUACACCCGCAGCCAAUGCCGGCACCCCCCCCUCCCCAGCCGCCUCCACCAGCGCGCCCCUCCCUCCUGGUCUCUACUGGUUUGGACCAGGAGCAGCCGGAGGCCUCCACUCGGGGGGGCCCGUCCUCAUCUCCGUGCCCAGGUCCGAGGGCUCAGGUGACCGUGGGGGGCCCUCUUGGUACGGAGCGGCGGACGGGGGAGGGUGAAAGCCUGACCUCCCUCCUCGACGAGCUCUUCCUCCUCAAUCAGCAGAACUCCUCCUCCGAGGAGGGGGUGGCACCGCCAACAGAGACCAUGCGGGACGGAACCCACCUCGCACCCGCCAUCCAGAAAGCUGAUGCCCUGGCUCCGCCCCCUCUGCUCCAGAUGAAGCUGGGCGGGGCCACGGUGGCGGACGCCCCCAGCAGUGACGUAGAUGCUGGAGGGGGAGGCGGCUGGAGUAGAGAAGGGGGCGUGGCUUGGAGGCCGAUGCCGAGGCUGGUUCCUCUGGGACUGAGAGGAAACCCCAGCUGACAUCACCAGACUCUGAUGUCACAGCAGAAGCAUGACCUCAUGGGUCGUCUGCAGACUCUGAUUGGCUGUUGAGUUCAGUCUGAACCUUCGUUUCUGCUGCAGCGUUUACUUUGAUCUCACGUUUCUGAUAUUCAAAGUUAAAUGCAAAUAACUGCAAUAACUUCUCAAUGUUAAGUGUGUGUGUGUCAUUGUCAUUUCAAGGAUUCACAUUAAACUGAUUUUAUUUUCAAACUGCAAGUAGAAACACAAUAAUAGAUAUGAACCGUCUGAAAGCUGCUGAAUAUUGUAUAAAUAUAUAAGUGUUAUAUGAAAAAUUCUGUUGAUGUAGAAACUCGUCGGAAGAAGUUGCUGCUCCGCCUCCUUUACUUCUGUUUUUCCUAAAUUUGUAUUUUUGUACGUGUUUAAGGACUGUGACGUAAAUAAAUGCCCAUAUCACAACUCUAAUAUUCUGUAAAUAAAGUUUAAA